CUUCCGCGGCGCCCGGAAGCAGCCGGUGAGAUUGGGUGGCCAUGGCUGAUGAAGAGGAGGACGUGCCGUUUGAAGAAGACGCGGAAGAAGCCGGCGGCGGCCUGGAUGGCGGGCAAGGCAGGAGGAAGAGGCUGUUCUCCAAAGAAUUAAGAUGCAUGAUGUAUGGAUUUGGCGAUGACCAGAACCCUUACACAGAAUCAGUGGACAUUCUUGAGGACCUGGUAAUAGAGUUUAUCACAGAAAUGACACACAAGGCCAUGUCAAUUGGUCGGCAGGGUCGCGUUCAGGUUGAGGACAUCGUCUUCCUAAUACGCAAGGACCCCCGGAAGUUUGCCAGAGUUAAAGACCUCCUAACUAUGAAUGAAGAACUGAAACGAGCCAGGAAGGCAUUUGAUGAAGCAAACUAUGGUUCUUGAUUCUCUGCACAAGCUGCCCUGGGGCAUUAUUCAGGUACCUGCU